UCACUCGCUCAGAGAGAGAGAGAGAGAGAGAGAGAGGACGGAGAAGAUAUGGCUCAGAUUAGUGCUGCUUCUCUAAUCAGUCCAUGGAUUAUUCUUCUUCUAAUUACCGAAAAUAUAAUCUUCUCUUUCCGGCCCACUAUUCAUCUUUUGCCCUUCGUUCUCAUUCCAACACUAUAAACCCUAGAAGUUCUACUCCUUCUGCGACCAUCAUCAGCCCCCAAUCCAGUUUUGGAAGAGAAAGGUUGUCCAAAAAAAACCCAGGUCGGGGAAUCUGCGCAUUCCGCAAGAUGUUCCAACCAUUUUCAAAAUCAAUCGUUUUCGAAGAUUACGAAAUCGGGUAAGUACAGCACGGCUCUUUCUCAUUUCAACGAGUUGCAGUUAAAGGACAUUGAGCUAGAUUUGUAUACCUUCAACAUUGCAAUUAACUGCUACUGUUGCGCGAAUCGAGUUGGCUUUGGGUUCUCUCUUUUAGGCAGCAUCUUCAAACGCUGUUACACGCCUAAUGUAGUUACCUUCACCACUCUGUUAAAUAGGCUUGUUGCACAAGAUAAAGCUGGUGAGGCUCUCUCCCUUUUCAACAAGUUGCAGUUACAAGACAUUGAGAUAAAUUUGUAUUCCUUCAACAUUGCAAUUAACUGCUACUGUUGCACGAAUCGAGUUGGCUUUGGGUUCUCUCUUUUAGGCAGCAUCUUCAAACGCGGUUAUACGCCUUGUGUAGUUACCUUCACCUCUCUGUUAAAUGGACUUAUUGUACAUGAUAAAACUGUUGAGGCCGUGGAGUUUUUUGAAAUAAUUGUCAAAAAAGGCGAAUUCAAACCCGAUGCGUCGAGGUAUGGAUCGUUUAUAAACAGGCUAUGCAAAAUGGGAAACAAGGGAGCGGCUAUUAGUUUUCUGAGGAUAGCGGAAGAUGGAGGUUUAAAACCUAACACAACGACAUAUAGCAUGAUCAUUGACCGUCUUUGCAAGGAUGGUAUGGUGGAUGACGGUGUCUACUUCUUAGUAGAAAUGAAAAGCAAAGGUAUUCGUGCAAAUGUUGUCACUUAUAACUCUUUGAUUGAUGGCCUAUGCAAACAUGGAAAGUGGAAGGAGGCUACAGGAAUGCUAAGAGAAAUGGUGGAUAGUGGCAUUUCUCCGGAUGUUUGUACAUCAACUGUGUUGGUCAGUGCACUUUGCAAGCAAGGGAUGAUAAAGAAAGCGGAGGAGCUACUUGAAGACAUGAUAGCAAGAGGAGUUGAUCCUGAUAUAGUCACAUAUUCUACUCUCAUGAACGGAUAUUGUUUGCAAGGCUUGGUGGAUGUCUUGAGCUUUCUUCAAUGAUGACUACUGUGAAGUCCCAAGAAGCCGCCUCCUCUUCCACACCUCACUGCCAUUACCAUGUGUUCUUGAGCUUUAGAAGCAAAGACACUCGCAAGACUUUCACCGAUCACCUCUACACGGCUUUGGUGCGUGCUGGAUUUCGCACCUUCAGGGACGAUGACGAGAUAAGAAGAGGAGAAAAUAUGAUGGCCGAGUUGCAAAAAGCGAUUCAGGAGUCUAAGAUUUCGAUAGUUGUCUUGUCAAAGACGUAUGCAUCUUCGAGCUGGUGCCUUGACGAGCUUGUGAUGAUCCUCAGACGCAGGAAGACCUCAGUUGGAACCGUGGUUUUACCUGUCUUCUAUGACGUGGAUCCAUCCCACGUGAGGAAGCAAAUGGGAACUUUCAAAGAAGCGUUUAACAUGCAUGAAGACAGAAUUGAAGCGGAAACUGGUGAAAGUAAAACAGAAUGGAAGAGCAAGGUGGAAGAAUGGAGGGGGGCACUCAGAGAAGUGGCAGAUUUAGCAGGGAUGAAUUUACAAAGUCAAGCUGAUGGACACGAGGCAAGGUUUAUCGAGAAAAUUAUACAAGUGGUUGGAGAAAAAUUACGUCGCAGUGUCUUGUACGUUGCCCCCCACCCAAUUGGAAUACAUACUCGAGCCAAAAGCAUUCAGCUUUGGUUAGAAGAUGGGUCCACUGAUGUUGGCAUAGUUGCAAUUUGCGGGACAGGCGGAAUAGGCAAGACAACCAUUGCCAAAUUUCUAUACAACCAGAACUUCUCAAAAUUUGAAGGUAGUAGCUUUCUUGCAAAUGUAAGGGAAAUUGCGAAACAACAGGAUGGUUUCCUUCGUCUACAGAAGCAGCUUCUUUCAGAUGUUUUGCAAGGCAGAAAGGAAAAGAUAUACAAUAGGGAUGAAGGAAUUGUUAGGAUUAAAGACACCUUAUGUUGCAAGAGAGUUCUUGUGGUUCUUGAUGAUGUCGAUCGACAAGAACAAGUAGAAGCAGUACUUGGAAUGCGAGAUUGGCUUUUUCCAGGGAGCAAAAUCAUCAUAACCACUAGGCACGAGCGGUUGCUAUGGGCUCACGAAGUUUGCAAGGUACAUCGGGUGGAAGAACUGGAUUUUAACGAAUCCUUGGAGCUCUUUAGUUGGCAUGCCUUUGGAAAAAGCUAUCCCGUGAGUGACUAUGUAGAGGUCUCAGAAAGGGUGGUACAAUACUGCGGAGGGAUUCCAUUAGCUAUUAAAGUUUUGGGUUCUUCUCUGUCUGGGAAAAGUUUAAACAUAUGGAAAAGUCAAUUAGAAAAAUUGAAAGCAAUUCCUGACAGAGAAAUCCUUGAAAAACUCAGAAUAAGCUAUGACUCUUUACAAGAUGACCACAACCAAAAAUUAUUUCUUCAUCUUGCUUGUUUCUUCGUUGGGAUGGAUAAAGAUCAGAUUGUUACAAUCCUUGACGUAUGCGAGUUUUACACCGUGGUUGGAAUUCAAAAUCUCAUUGAUAGAUGUCUAUGUACAAUUGAUGAACGUAACACACUGGUGAUCCAUCAAUUGCUUCAAGAUAUGGGAAGAGAAAUUGUCCGCCAAGAAUCACCCGAUGAGCCAGGAGAACGUAGCAUCCUCUGGAGUCAUAUGGAUUCCUUCAAUGUUUUGAGAGAAAAUACUGGCACGAGCAAAAUCGAAGGCCUUGUUCUCGAUAUGCAUUUGGUGAACAGAGAUAAUUCUUCCAGGACAAUCUCGAAUGCCAAUAGAAAGCGUCGCUUCGAAGAAUUCCUCGAGCCAUUAUUGUCAAACUUGGGCAAUGCAGUCAAAAGAUGUCGUUCUAGCAUCUUCCCCUCUCACAUGGCAGCCACUGCUCCAGAAAAUUCAAAUCAAGUGGCUUUGGACGCUAAUGCAUUUGCAAGGAUGCGCAAACUGAAACUUUUACAGCUCAAUCAUGUACGUAUUAGUGGACCCUAUAGAAAUCUUCCCAAAGGAUUAAGAUGGCUGUAUUGGCGUGGAUUUCCUCUUAAAUCGAUACCUGGUGAUUUUCCUAUGGAGGACCUAGUUGCUCUUGACAUGCACUAUAGCAAUUUGAAAAAUGUAUGGGAUGGAACCAAGAUUCUCAAGUCAUUAAAAAUCCUCAAUCUAAGUGAUUCUCAUAACCUCACCAAAACUCCCGACUUCUCAGCACUCCCCAAUCUCGAGAGGCUGAUGCUUAAAAAUUGUUCAAGUUUGUAUGAGGUUGAUGAAUCCAUUGGAUGCCUAGAGAGACUUGCUUUGUUAGAUUUGGAAGGCUGCGAAAAUCUGAGGAAGCUUCCGAGAGGCCUCGGUAUGCUGAAAUUUUUGGAAACUCUUGUAAUCUCUAGAUGCUCAAAUCUUGAGGAAUUGCCAACAGAGAUCGGGAAUAUGGGGUCGCUAACAGUGCUCCAUGCAGACGGGAUUGACAUAAAUCGAGUACAUUCUACCACUGGGGAAGCGAAAGCACCGCAAUCUCUCAUCCGGCAUGGGCUGUUGAAGCCAAGAAAGAGCCUACAAGUUUGUUUACCACGGUCCUUGGUAAAAUUGCGUCUUGCAAAUUGUAAUCUUUCCGACGAUGCUUUCCCCAAAGAUCUUAGCAACCUAAUCUCGUUGAAGUUGUUAGAUCUGAGCCAAAAUCCGAUUUGUAACCUCCCCGAAGGCAUCAGAGGUCUUACCGGGCUCGAGAUCCUUCACUUAUCAUCGUGCACAAGUCUCCGGACACUCAUAUUGAUCCACAAGUUGCGAGAACUGUGGAUCGGACGUAAUCCGCUGUUGGAGAACAUAACUGUUCCAUCGGCUUCUCACCGUCCGACCACCACUUAUUUCUCAAGCAGUCUGGACAAUCUAGUUGGUUUCAAGGGCCCAUUCAAGUUAGAACCCAUAGGAGAUGUCGACACGGAGAUUCUUACCAAUUUGGGCUUGUCGAACUUGGGAUCCAUGGAAAACACAAAUGCAAAGCUGAUUACAACCAAUAUCAACAAACCAGAGAUGCUUCCCAUCCAGGGAUGUCCCGAAGAUCAUAUAUUCACCACUUUCCUUCCGGGAAGCAAGGUUCCGCUCUGGUACAAUUUCAGGUGUCAAGGAUCCUCGAUAAGUUUUACCGCGCCUUCACAUCGCAAUUCCAGACUACAAGCCCUGAGUGUGUGUGCUGCUUAUAGAAUCUCCUACGACAAAAAGUAUUCUCGGAUUCAAAAGUACCCGCAUACUACAGUCAGCAGCACGAACAAGGGCGUGAUGUGGAGCUACUGCCCGCGUGUCUUUGGAAUUCCAGAAGCCGGCGAUGACAUGAUGUGGUUGAGUUACUGGAAGUUUGAGCAGCUGGAAGGCGGCGAUGAGCUUACGGUUUCGGUGGAUGGAGGUGAGUUCAUGCAGGCAAUGGAGGUCGGAGUCUACCUCGUGUACAAGGACGUCGAGCAUGAAGAGAAGAGCACCCGAUCGGUCCGUGGCGAAGAGAUAUAUCAGCGUACCACCGUGUACGGUAACGUCGUUCCGGGAAUCGUGUCUGCGCAUUCGGUGGGCACAAAGCUCUACCAAGUCGGCCACCAUUGGGAUGGUUUCAAGUGCGAGUAUUGUCCUCGCGGUGUGGCCCCUUUUCCUUGGACCCUCUCCGCUGCUUAUGAUGAUGAGAUCAAGGAGCCAUUUUGUUUUGCUGAUAUGUGCAAGGUCAAAUCUCUUGGCUGUUGAUUUGGUUUGUGUUGUGUUGAAAAGUGAGCUUGAUUAGGAUCGAGCCAGAUAAGUUUCACAGGGCAAGUGGAUGAUCGGGAGAAGAAGAACGUGGAACACUGUUCCUUUAUCAAGCUUGAAGAAUAUGGAGCUUCCGUAAUAUAUUUUGGAAUUUGCAAAAUAAAUGAGACUAUCUCAUCUUUGUUUUUGUUAUUGUUUUGCCUAUAUAUAUGGGUUAUAAUUUGUAUUGCAAAAGUGUGGGAGUUGAGUAAGAUAAAUUAAGAAGAGAGACGUGAGUGAGCUUCGUAAUUGUUUGAGUGCUUUAUCCAUAAAAAUGUGCUUACUAUUGUGCGUGAGAAGUCUACUCCUUCCAUCA